ACCUGGAGGAGAGAGAGCGCAACUACAUCACUGCCCCUGCCUCCCUCCUCACAGCGUUGGUCGCCAUCCAUCCCCUCUCCUCCUCCUGUACCAUAACAGAUGGUGGGAACAACAUUGCAUCCACCGGGUACCACAACAAUAGACCGCAGCAUCCAGUCCAGACGACGCUGGCCUUGCACCAUCAUGCUCCUUGUGCAGGACUGCGUGAGGCUUUGAGUGCCGUCGUGAUUCAUUUCACGCGGUACCGCCACCACCAACCACGGCCACGGAGGAACCUUCUUGCGACUGUUUGGGCUCUCCAUCGAGCGGGGGAAGAUGGCCGCUAUGAAAAUAUUAACAGGCACGGGGCUCUUCUUGGCGUUUUGUGCGCUGGGGCUGCUCGCCAUGGCGAUUUGCACCGAUUAUUGGUACGAGACCGACGCGAGGAGACAUCGAGAGAGGUGUAAAAACUAUGCCAACAAGCGGAACGACCCGGGGUACAUUUACAUUUCAAACCACAACCUCCCCCUCCAGAUGCCUCCAAAGAGCCUGGAGAGGAAAGGUAACAACGGCCCAGAUGCUGCUGCUCUCAUCAGGGGGAAGCGGCACUUUCUGGCCGCAGCGUCCGCCAUGGAGUCUCAUUGCAGUCGGCAGUUUAACUCCACCAUCUCCGGGCUUUGGAGGAAGUGUCACCGGGAAGGCUUCGACCUGGAGACCGAGGACCUUAUUUACAAAGGAAUGAUUCAAAGAUGUACCCCGGUCAAGUAUCACUACUCUUCGUCCAUCCUACCACGAAAUUUACCCAUCAACAUCACAAAGACCAUACGACAGGAUGAGUGGCAUGCACUCCAUUUAAGGAGAAUGACGGCUGGCUUUGUGGGCAUGGCCGUGUCCAUCAUCCUUUUUGGCUGGAUCAUCGGAGUGCUGGGAUGCUGCCAGCAGCAUGACCUCAUGCAAUAUGUAGCUGGGCUACUCUUUCUCAUGGGAGGAACAUGCUGCAUCAUCUCUUUGUGCACAUGUGUGGCAGGAAUCAACUUUGAGUUAUCCCGCUACCCCCGCUACAUGUACGGCCUCCCUGAGGACAUUAGCCAUGGCUAUGGCUGGUCCAUGUUUUGUGCCUGGGGGGGCCUCGGUCUCACAUUGCUGGCUGGUUUCCUCUGCACCUUGGCCCCCUCCCUGAGCACACCCGCUCGCACAACAACCCACAAGCCGAGGCAGGAGAAUGGAACCGUGUGACAGAGGCGUCGUGAAGCGACUGACCCAGUGGAUGCACAAACCACACCCUUCCUUGAUGUUUAACUCUGAAAAAGUUUUUGUCUAAUCACCAUCACACACCACCCUCGACAUCUCCAUCCCCUUUCAGUGUUCAGUGUGCCUGAGAAGGAGCAAAGUAAUGACAAACUUCACACACCUAAUCUCGAAAAUCCCUGAGGGACCUCCAGGAACACCAAGAGUAAACCCACAGUAUGUCUGGGGCAUGGCUCUCAUAGCACAAAUAAGACAUUUUUUUUGGUUCAGAUGUUUGACAUGCUGACUUUAUGGCGAUUUUUGGUGACUGUUUUCUCUGAAGAGAAUUUGUCUUAAAAUGGUGCUCUCCUAAAUACAUAAAGCCACAAAACACUCCCACACAGCACAGACACACACACCAGCACAUGCUUUCCCACACACGCUCGAUUACUCCGGAUGAAUCAUGGGAGAAAUCCUCCAAAAGGAGCAAACAUCAAGUCAGAGCAUCACGUCAGCAUUCCUCUUUCAGUCGAGUGAUGUGUGCUGUGUUAUUGUUCGUAAUGAAAAAAAAAAAAAUAUCUGGCGUUGACUGCCCAUUGCUUAUCUUUAGUGUAGCACACUAACUGAUAUCAAACAUGAGCCCCGGGGUAACGUCUGCAGCCUCUGCAGAGCACAAAAUGCAUCUAGCAGUGUGGUCAGUACGAUAAAAUACACAGAAGUAAAUUUGCAUCGAAAAAGCAAAUUGUUUGAUGCUUCUUUAAAGAUUCUGUAUGUACAAAUGCGUCUCUAUGUAGAUCCAAAUCAUUGUUUGUGUAAAGUAGAUUUUGAAUAAGAAUGUUUGUUUUCUGUUUGUUUAGAGGUAAUGGUGGCUGACAGUAUGGAGUGGAUAAAGAUUUACAGGAUGGUGCUGGGAGCAUAAAUCCAUUACUGGAUUCAGCAACAUAUAAAGGUAUUUUGUGGUACCAAACUGACAGACCCAACCCGGUUGUCAUAACCUAACAAGAAACCAAACUGUGGAGGAAGUAUUUGAUUGCUUCAUUGUUUACCCUCAAUAUCGGUCAGCCUUUUUGCGUAAUUUUUGCGCAAGCAAAUUAAGCAAUUUAAGCAAAACAAAUUUCAGUGAGCCUGCUGAACACAAAAGCACAAGCUGCCUUCCAAAUCUUCACCUAAUACAGUAACAUAGUGACAUUACACAUUGUUAGAGGGCAAUCAUGUCUUGACUAAAAUCUGGCUCCUUAACAGCUGAAACAAUGAAAUACGCAGAAUAUGGAUGAUAAUUUACGUAAAGGACAUCAUAGUCCCACAAUGCAGUUCACAAUGGAAAUGGAGGAGCUGUUCUCCCUGAUAAUUAUUCCUAAAAUAUAUGAACAUGGGUGCAGUGGCAAAACAAAGCCAAAAAUAAAAACUAAACAAAUGUAGUAAUAAAUGCAUAACACAUGAUUGAUUUUAAAGUUUCAGAUUGAAAGUUACAUUGUGGAACACAUCUUGUAUCGAUAAAUAAAAUACUAAUUUGUUGUUUUCUGACUUACAAAAUGGUACAUCGUAUAUUAUGUAGUAUGCAAUAGCAACGUGGGAAUGAUUCCAUUUUUCAUUAGUCACCUUUGUGAUUUAAUCAUUGGAUUAAAAAAAAACUCUGGUGUUGAAAAAAGCACAAAUAGUAAUUUAUAAAGGCUCUAGACUGCAGAGAUGUAUGUUAAAAGCCGUAUUCCAAAUACACGCUGUACGCUCAUAUUGUGUUUUAAUCUUGAUGCAUUCACACAUGGAAAAUUACAAAAUGAAAUAUACUCCAUACUACAGUACUUACAUUAAAAUGCAUUGCAUUAAAACAAAAAAAAAGAAAAAAAGAAAACUGAAGAAGAAAUAAAGUAAUAAAUUAUUUGAAUAAUGUUUUUGAUUUAACAUUGGCGUGAUAGUUCAAAUCAAGGAAUGGGAAUAGUUGGAUUUAUGUGACACCUUGAAUUGUGUCAUUAGUACAAAUCAGUAAAAUACCAUUUCUUUGUACUAAAGUUGUACACAUUAUACAUCAGUAUGUAGUAUGGGAUGGUGCCACGUGAAAGGUUUUGAAAACAGUGUGUUGCAGGUAGGACUUAAGCUUGUUCAAUGGAAAAGGAGAAACAAUUUUCUUGGUGACACUGAUAAUAACACAGCAGCCAGUUUUCCGUUACACAAAUAUAAUUGCUUUCCCCAGUCAUUACAACUAAUUUAUUUUAAAAUUUCAGCUUACUACAACGUCAUGAUACGAGAAUAUAACAGCCAUGUGUGAUGAAGUUUUUAUAAAUGUUGAUUGGAGGAGAUGAGUCAUGAGAUAUUCAGCUAUGUCAAAUAACUUUCUUAGAAAAAAAAGGUGUUAUAAUGUGUAUUGAUAACACUGUGUGUGAUGUUCAGUCCUUUCACCAUCACCAUUAACCUCCUCAUGAGGCUACCACUUUUCAGAAGUUGAGGAAAUUAACUGAGGCAUGAUUGAAAACUGUAUCUUCAGUGUCUUGUUGAAUCUUUGCACUUUGCUGGGUCUCAUAAAAGUCUGUGAACCUGAAGUCUGAACAGGUGGAGUUAUACAUUAUAUGUUUGCAAGGCCACAUAUGGGAGCAAAAGAUGAUCAGAGCAUGUAAUAAGCACCCUGUUGUGUCUUACAAAGAGUUUGGGUUUAUACCAUGUUGUGUGUUUAGGGUCUGUCAGUCUAGGCUCUUAUUGUGAAAAUAUUUAUGCCAGAAACAAACAAGGACAUGCCAUAAAUAUAAAAACAUUUAUAUCUAUGGUCAUUACACUGAAAAUGAGUCAGUGUAUUCUCUGAUGUCCUGCGACUCACAGAAUGCUGUUUGGUGUUUUGGUUUUAUAAAGUUUUAAUUUCACACCCAAACUGAUACGCAGUAAUGUAAGUAUUACUGUAAGCAGUAAUGUAUAAGUACAUGGUGCAAGUAUAAUGUGUUGUUAGGACUGAAGCACAAUUGCACACGACUCUUACAAGUUUUUUGUGUAUUAUAGGUGGGAAAAUCUGACUUUUCCAGUGCUGAUGUGCCACCACUGCACAUCUGCAGGACUGUCAAAACAGUAUUACAAGCAAAAACUUUAAAGCACAUAUUUACCCCCCGACAUCUCAAACAGUAAAUUCCAAGCACGCCAACACAUAACAACGUCUGUCUUUCAAAGCUAAGAUUUUGUCAUUGAUUGGAUUGAGUUUCAAUACAGAAGAACAGUAGCACACAGUAGCAAGAUUUACAAAACAUUAAGAACAAUGUACUUUACAGAACGAAUGAGGUCAGCAGAGUGUAACAAUGAAUUUGAAAUUGUUGUAAAAACCCUCUCAAGUGGCAACUUCCUGUGUUUCAUGAGGAACUUAGAAAUGUACUCUGUGCAAUGAGGGAUGCCCUGUGAAAACGCCACCGUUUAGAGUGGCACUUGUUUUAGUAGCACAGCUAUUAUUUUCUACAAGUCAUUUUUACUGGUUCAAUCCACUGCAGAUGUUAUGUGGGGACUAAAAAGACAUUACAGUCUUGCAUGAUCUCAUUACAGUUAGUUUCUUUCAAUAUAUUAAAACUUGUGUCCAUUUUUAAUUAAUUUAUUUUACUGAAAUAAAAUAUGUAAUUACUAA